AUGACUGCGCUCGAAGAAAUCGUUCGUCAUAACCUGUCUUCAGCUCUGAUCCUAGAAGACGAUGUCGACUGGGACAUCAGAAUCAGGCAGCAGUUGCACGACUUUGCUCUCUCAGCUCAGACCCUUACUCAGCCUCUUGCCGAUGGACCUUCGACUUAUGCGGACCCAACAUACCCGAGGCCGAUCGAGAACUCGCCAGAAGUCGUUCCGGAUAUUCCUUUUGAUUAUCUCCCAGCUACCGUGUCCCCGAAAACAUCACCAUACGGUGACGACUGGGACCUGCUCUGGAUCGGCCACUGCGGAAUGCACUUCCCAUUCCGAGACAAUAAGAGUAUACCGAAAGCUCGCAUCAUCCGCUCUAACGACGUAACCGUCGCUCCCAAGAAGAACCUAUGGACGUUCAACAUCCCAUUCACUUUUAAAGAGACGUAUCCGGAGCAUACGCGGGCUUAUCACCAUGCCCAGGAGGGUGUUUGCACGCUAGGAUAUGCGGUUAGCCAAAGGGGAGCGAGGAAGCUCCUACAUGAGGUGGCUUUGAAGGAUGUCAGCGAUGCGUACGACAUUCUCUUGAGGUUCUUUUGCGAGGGCGCCAAGGGCAGAAAACCACACAACUGCUUGACGACACAGCCGGCUUUGUUCCACCAUCACCGACCGGCCGGCCCCAACAGCGCAAUGAGCGACAUUGGGAACCACGGUGAUGGCUUUAGGGAGGUCAGCAUGACAGAUAUGGUGAGGUGGAGUGUGCGGUUGAAUGCAGAUGCGCUUCUCGAAGGGAGGAAGGAUUUUUUUGACCAAUACCCUGAUGACAUAUGA